GUUUUCGUUUAUGAACACUUACAAUUUGCAUUAUAUAAACCAAAACCUUUCUCUCAUCCAUCUUAAAUUUGAUUUCUCUACUCAAUGCUUUGUUCAUUUUUUGUUCGUUCCAUUAUACAGAUUUUACAGAUAGUUAUUAUUUUAUUUUUCUCUUGCGAAGACGUCCAAAAUGAUGCACGAAACCUAUUAAAGUAUACUGGAAAUAAUUUAAAGUUACCUGCUACUACGGAUGUGAACAUUGAAGAAAAACAUUUUGAAUGUGGAAUAUGCUCCAAACAGUUAACAACAAAUUAUUCUUUAACAAUACAUAUGAGAGUGCAUACUGGUGAAAAACCGUUUAAAUGUGAAAUUUGCACCAAACAGUUUUCAGCAAGCACAGGUUUAACUAGGCAUAUGAGAGUGCAUACUGGUGAAAAACCUUUCUCAUGCAAAAUAUGCACCAAACAGUUUUCAAGAAAACACGUUUUAAAACGGCAUAUGAGAGUGCAUACUGGUGAAAAACCAUUUGAAUGUGAAAUUUGCACCAAACAGUUUUCAACGAAACAAGUCUUAAAAUGGCAUAUGAGAGUGCACACUGGUGAAAAACUAUUUAAAUGUGAAAUUUGCACCAAACAGUUUUCAACGAAACAAGUCUUAAAUAUACAUAUCAGAGUGCAUACUGGUGAAAAACCAUUUGAAUGUGAAAUUUGCAGCAAACUGUUUUCAAGAAACACACAUUUAACUAGACAUAUGAGAGUGCAUACUGGUGAAAAACCGUUUAAAUGUGAAAUUUGCACCAAACAGUUUUCAGCAAACACAGAUUUUACUAGACAUAUGAGGGUGCAUACUGGUGAAAAACCUUUCUCAUGCAAAAUAUGCACCAAACAGUUUUCAAGGAAACACGUUUUAAAAUGGUAUAUGAGAGUGCAUACUGGUGAAAAACCAUUUGAAUGUGAAAUUUGCACCAAACAGUUUUCAACGAAACACACAUUUAACUAGACAUAUGAGAGUGCAUACUGGUGAAAACCCAUUUGAAUGUCAAAUUUGCAGCAAACAGUUUUCAGUGAAGGCUAAUUUAAAAUUACAUAUGAAAUUGCAUACUGGUGAAAAACCAUUUAAAUGUGAAAUUUGCACCAAACACUUUUGAAUGAAACAAGAUUUAAAAAGGCAUAUGGUAGUGCAUACUGGUAAAAAACCUUUCUCGUGCAAAAUAUGCUCCAAAAAGUUUUCACAAAGUUCUAGUUUAAGAGUACAUAUGAAAACACACACUUGUGAUUAGGAUAAGAUGGGCACACUCUAGAAAAAAAAAGAAUGUGUGUGUACUAUGUACUGUACGCACUUAAGAAGAUAUUCUUCUAUUAUAUAAUAGGUAAUUUAAACGAAGUAAAUAUACUUAAAAGGU